UCUCCUUUCAACCCUUCAUCUCUCUCUCUCUCUCUCUCUCUCUCUCUCUCUCAUAUUCUUGCUGGCUUUAUUAGCAGAUAGCAUGCCUGAAUGUCCACAAAAAGGGAGAGAUUUGAGGAGAUAAGCAAGAAGAUCAAGAGGGAACUGGAUGGCGCGGAUCACCAUCAUCACCACCACCACCACCACCACCCGACCCUGGGAGGAAGGAGACACAUGCUGGGGCAUACCGGAACCCUAAACACCACCACCCCCUGCGCCGCCUGCAAGCUUCUGAGGCGGCGUUGCGCUCAAGAAUGCCCCUUUUCUCCAUACUUCUCGCCCAACGAUCCCCACAAGUUCGCCUCCGUUCACAAAGUCUUUGGUGCUAGCAACGUCUCCAAGAUGCUCAUGGAGGUGCCCGAGAGCCAGAGAGCGGAUGCAGCGAACAGUCUUGUCUACGAGGCGAAUGUGAGGCUACAGGAUCCGGUGUACGGGUGCAUGGGAGCGAUCUCGUCUUUGCAGCAGCAGGUACAAGUCUUGCAAGCGGAGCUGGAUGCUGUGAGGAAUGAGAUCUUGAAAUACAAAUACAAAUUAGAAGAAUCUAAUAUGCUUCCAUCUUCUCAUGUAUCGUUGCUCUCGUCUGAGGGCGUUUCGGUUGCUGCGCCGCCUCCUUCUCCUCCACCGCCUCCGCCUCCACCGCCGUUUCCUCCUGACUUUAACAACAUAUCUACUGAAAAUAUAACAUACUUUGGUUGAAUUAUUAGGCCCUUCCAUUUUAUUUUACCUCACAUUAUCGAUCGUCAAGGAAGGGAGGAAUAAAUAGAUUAUUGGUGAAUUUUUGGACUUGUUGAAUGAUUUACAAAUAUAUCUAUAUAUACUUACACUUGCUAUCUA